AUGACCAAUGUCGGCUCCCCAGACACGGGAGAGCCCACCGAGCCCGAGAAGCUGCGGGCCAAGCGGACGCUGGUGGCGUGUAUCCGCUGCCGCACCCGCCACAUUCGCUGCCCCGGUGGCGACCCGUGCAAGAAGUGCCAGAUCGCAAAGGCCAAGUGUGAAUACGUCGAAUUGGAUAAAAAGAUUGUCGUGUCGAUGAAGUACCUCUCCAAGCUUCACGAGGACAUUGCCCGCUUAAAAAAGGACAACGCCCUGUUGAGAAACCUGCUCCAUGAGACCAGAGUACAAGAACUGGAGGCAUCUCGCCGCAGAACCCUGGGCACGCCGCUGCUCCCGCUGACGCUGCCGGAAACUAUUGAUCCUCACAGCCAGCACGAAGUGAUACUGCCUCUGCUAGAUAAGCACGGAAGAAUGGUCGAACUGCGUACGGGAGAGAAGGUAUACGUAGGCCUGCUGCUGAUGACGCUUUUUGGCCUUGAAAUCCAAAACAUGGCGCUGGAAAGUCCUCACUUCUUAAGUCCCGGACACAUGUCUCCUGGGGCAACUUCUAAUACCCCUGAACUGUACGGUGAACCCAAACGAGAAACUCAGAUAUUGGAAAUGGAGGGGAACGCUUAUAAGAUUACCCUUGCUAAGACCAACACUCGACCGGGACUUUCCAUUAACUUUACGUUGCCUCUGUACCUGUACGCGAUGCUUUUAGUUGAUACUUUCGUCAAUUAUAACGAUGGGUGCUUCUAUUUCUUCAAUGAAGGGCUUGUGAAGCGGUUCCUCAUGAACGUGUAUCUGGGCAAAACUGCUGAGAACCGUCGUAUCCUCACACGCAACAACCCUAACGAAGCUGAUGGUGAAGAUUAUACUAUUUUGGAGACGAUAUGGUUCUGUAAAGUGCUCCUCAUCUUCGCCAUUGGCGAAAUGUAUUUGGGUACCGAAAGCGACCAACGGAUGAAAAUGACCAAUUACGAAAAGCAACAACAACAUAAAGUGCGUCGUCCGCCUCGAGAUAACAGCAAAAAGAAGGAUACCUUACCCGGACUGGGAUUUUUCCAUCAAGCUCUGGAAUUGUUUACGGGUUUGUUUGCUCUGGGAGCGGUGGAUAAUAUUACUAAAGAUGGUGGGGUUGAAGUGAUGUUACUUUACGCUUUCUACCUUCAGGUAGCGGACUGUACGGUGGCUCUGUACUUCUACUUUGGCCUCGCUCUUCGGCUGGCGUUAAUACUAGGGUGGCAUGUCGAUGCUGAUAAGGAUAACUUGAACCGGUACGAGCUUGAACACCGUCGCCGCAUCUGGUGGACGGUGUACAUGUACGAACGGAUGCUUCUGCUGAAGGCGGGACUCCCGCUUUCGUUCGCUGACGACCUGGUGAGCACUGAGUUGCCCUUUGAUUUCAAACCCGUUGAAGUGUUUGAUGAACAUGAUGUACGUCUGUACUAUCUCUUCCCGCCUGCGGACUACAUCAACAACUGUGUCACCAUCACCCAGAUCAAUGCCAUCAUCUUACUGCUGCUUUACACAAAGCAACCGACGGUAAACAUUUUGCCGGUGGUGUCGGACUUGGUGCAGAAGCUUUUCAACUGGAAGGCCAAUUUACCUGGUUACCUCAAAGUUGACUUCACCGUGGAAAACUUAAAAGUCAGCCGGUUGGUGGUCAACUUGAUGACGGAAUACUUCCAGGGGAUCAACUUGGCCGUGAGGCCGUUGCUUUUCCAUUUCGCAACCAAGAAAUUGAAAGAACUUCAACAACUGAACCUGGAAAAUAAGUACAUCGAUUUGACGAGGUUUUCGAAAAAUGUGUUGCUGUUGCUUAAUCUGAGUUUCCAAGCUCUGAUCAAUACCAUCAAGCUGAUCUGGGCGCUUGUGCCGGAAAACAUGGUGGCCUUAUUUGGGUGGAUGGAUAGGGAGUAUUUGUUCACGCUGGCGCUGACAUUGAUUCUUUUCAACGCUUCAUUCGGCGUACAUGAGGCCACCAAGGAGCACUUGGACCAUGCCCUUACCGUGUUCACCAAGAUGAAGAGAUUAGGCAAUUACCCUGCCGCCCUCCGUCGGGCUCAAUUGCUUAAAUUGAUUAAAGUUCUUGACUUUAACGGGGUGACACAGGACUUGAUUGCUAAGCACGACGAUCCGAGCUCCAAUAACGACCCGACGGUGAUGGCUGACCCAGCACAACCGUUGAAGCUGGAGUUUAGCUUCUCCAAUUUGGCAGAACAAUUCAGCCAUUCUCUGAACCAUCAAAGCGUCGGUGACCUUGACUUCAUGCUGUUCCUGGCGAAACCAACAAUGGACAUGCUGGAGCAUGAUAGCUUCAGCGUCAGCAUCAACCACCAGUCGCUGGCAAUGUCCACUGGUAGUGGCCCCAGCUCCAACCCGCUGCUGCACCCGUACGUGCUGGAUCUAGCUGGCAUCGAAGGGGUUACUUUCCCCGACGAAGAACUGAGAUUGUGGACAGAAAUUACCAAUGAUGCUCUGUGGCUAAAUGUCCAAGCGGCAGCCGAGGAUCACCCAGCGACGGCGCUGCUGCUGCUGAUGCUGCCACACCCUUUUCAACUGAAGGAAUCGCACCCGACGACAGCGCUGAGAGGAGGAGCGGCGUUUGGCUCCCACGCGUUCGGGGGCUAUCUGGAUCUCCUCAACCAGGAAUUCAGCGAGUUCAUGGACCCGCAUCCUUAA